AUGGGAGUCGGUAUAUGUCUUGUUAAUAAUCCUCAUUCACUAGAGUGGAGUCCCUUUAUUGAAAAUCAACUUGCUGUGGCAACCUCAAACAGACCAGGUCAUACACCAAUUUCUGGCAUUAUUUAUUUACUCUCUUUUUUACCAAAGAACGAAAUUGAAAUUGAACAUCAAAUUCAGCUAAAUGUUGGAUGUCAACAUAUCCUUUGGUCACACAGAAACGAAAGUAUUCUUCUCAGUUCCUGUCAUGAUAAUGUAUUAAGAUUUUUUGAUACACAGAAUACAGAUUGUAUGUAUAGAGAAUGGUUCGAUACUCAAAGUAUCUCAAAUUUGGAUUGGGAUAAAAUCUCUCUAGAGUGGAUAAUAACAGGAGGAAUAGAUUCAUCUAUCAAGUUGUAUCAUGAAAAUCAAGAUUCCAAUGAAUCUCUUCAAACAUUUCACACUAAAAAACAUGAACUUGUCAUUAAGGAACAAGAAUCAAAUUUGGAAAGUAUUGAUGAUUUGCAGGCCCCUCCUAUUCAUGAUAUUCAGUGGAAUACUCAUUCUCCCAUGCAAUUUCUCACUACUGAUAGAGAUGGUUUUGUGUGCUUAUGGGAUUUGAGACAAGAGGAAGAUCCUUGUGUUAAAUCGUUUAGAAUUCAUAACAAGACAUGUGCCUUAAAAAUGGAUUUGAAUAUAUUUGAUGAAAACUCUUUAGCUUUGGGAUGUUUUGAUAAUUCAUUAAUGACCUAUGAUUUGAGAAAUGUGAAGAAACCAAAAUCUAUUCUAUCUAACAUUCACUACUCCCAAAUAACGUCAACACAAUGGAGUCCACAUACGCAACAUUUAGUGGCUACAAGCUCCACUGAUAGAACAUUAAGGAUAUGGGACAUGAGAGAAUCAAAUAACCUAUUGCAAUUCAAUAAUGAUACCCCAAAUGAUUCAUACGAGACUGAAGUUAGUUUUGGAGGGAGAGUGUCAAAUUUUAAAAAUCAAAAGAUGGAAGAUUGGGUGAAUGAUAUUGCAUGGAAUAUUCAUGAAGUUGGUUUGAUGGCUCUAUGUUGUAAUGAUCAACUUGUAAAGGCCUACAAUAUUAAAGAAGAUUAG